UUUCUUUAGGAUGGUUUGUGAUAAUUAUAUUGCUGACUUAUUUGGAGUAUUAUCUUUUAAGAAGCCGUAUGGAUAUUUUACCAGCUAUAUUUAUUCCCGUUAUACGCAAUUAUUGUGUUUAUAUUACCUUUAUUGGCGAUCUAAUAAUUACGAUUAUUCUUGGAUACACGGGAUUAAAGUUCGACCAAAUUAACGAAUACCUUAAGAAAUUGUCAGAAGAUAAUAAACGUAGAGUAAACCUAACUUGGAAACAUUCCACGUUACGUUCAUAUAAAUCCAGAUUUCCAAAAGCUUCAAGAAACAAAUGUAACAAAAUGUGGAUUGUAAUGCAUCUUCAUUCGGAGUUAUGUAAAAUAUCCCGCAAAAUGGACUCGAUAUUUGGGACACAAAUGACUCUCGAAAUGGGAUGUUAUUUCACUUACAUAGCAACGGCUUCCAAAGAAUUUUUCCGCUUAACGUACAAUAAAAAUUAUAUAAAUAACUCGAUGCUUUACACUCUUUCUCAUUAA